AUGUCAAGCUGGAGGAGCCUCAAUGUCGGCGUUAUUGGCGGGGGAAUCGGCGGCAUGUCGGUUGCAGUUGCCUUACGUCGUGCAGGACACACUGUGACCAUCUAUGAAAAGUCGGACUUUGUAGGUGAAGUCGGCGCUUCGGUCUCGUGUGCUGCCAACGGAACCCGCUGGCUACAUGAAUGGAACGUGGAUAUCGCCAAGGGUGACCCUGUGGUUUUGAAGAAGCUUAUCAACCGUGAUUGGAAGACGGGUGAACCUGUCAGUGUGUACGACCUCGAAGAUUAUGAGAAGCGCUGGGGAUAUGUUUACAACAUGUUCCAUCGCCAGUACAUGCAUGCCAUGCUAAAGGAUUCGGCGCUGGGCGAGGGUGAAGGAAUGCCAGCAACCCUCAAAGUGAACUACCGGUGCCGCGAUAUCGAUCUGAAGACGAGUACAGUCGUCUUCGAGAACGGCGAGGUCAUAAGCCAUGACCUAAUCAUCGGUGCAGAUGGAAUCGGAUCGGCUGUUCGAGGCAUUAUUGGAAUUACCCCAGAAAAGCGAGCCUCCGAGCAGAGCUGCUUGCACACCAAUGUCAAAACCGAGGACGCCAUCAGGCUUGGCCUGGUGAACUACUCCGAGAAUAGCGCACUGGAAUACUGGGGUGGACAGGAAGGCAAAUGGGAUAAGAUUGUUCUGUCGCCCUGUAACGGCGGUGAGCUUCUAUCGUACUACUGCUUCUUCCCGCGCGAGAAAGGCGACUAUUCAACACAAGCAUGGGGAGCCGAAGAUCGCCCCGUUGAGGAACUCCUCGCCCCAUACCCGGAACUCGACCGACAAGUGUUUGAACAUCUGAAGAUCGGGGCAGAGAUCAAGCCAUGGCGUCUCUGGGUCCAUGACCCGUACCCGUAUAUCCAAAGCGGUAACACCUGUCUCCUGGGGGAUGCUGCACACCCGAUGAUGCCUCACCAAAGUCAAGGGGCCUGCAUGGCCAUCGAAGAUGCGGCAGCACUAGGGCUCUUAUUUGAUAAGCGUUAUUUCUCGGGGGAUAUUGCUCAAGCUCUCGCUGUUUACCAGGAGGUACGUCUGCCUCGUGCCACAAGGGUGCAGGGAGCAGCAGCCAAGGCUGCUUACAAUAUCAACGAGCGGAUUGGCUUCUCCGUCAACAAAGAUAUUCCCACAUACAGAGUUGAAGAUGCGAAGAAGGUUCUUACUAUCGAGGAGAUGAACGCCUAUGACAUGCAUAGAGACAUUGAAGAGAAACUCGCCGCAAAGCGUGGAACAACCUAUACCGACAAAUUCCUAUGUGGACUUCCCGUUGGACUUGAGCUACCGAAUGGGAUGACGAUCGGCGCAGUUGGCGCAUAA